AUGAUGGCGUCCCUUGGGAAAGUCUUGUGUGGUACGUUUUUCACCAACACUAGUUUACGGGUGCUGACACGUUACCCGAUGUGCGCAGCUAGACGGUAUUUAAGUCAAUCGAAAAUCGUCAAUAACCUUAAUCUUCAGACAUGCAGAGUGCCGGUGACGGUUAUGCGGCAUUACAGUGUCAAGCCACCGAUGACUAUUGAACAAAUUAAAAAGCGUGUCCUAUUGGUAUUACAAUUAUACGACAAGGUCAAUCCAGAUAAGCUCAGUCUUGAAUCACAUUUUAUCAAUGAUCUUGGAUUAGAUUCAUUAGAUCAUGUUGAAGUUAUCAUGGCCAUAGAAGAUGAAUUUGGUUUUGAAAUACCUGAUGAAGAUGCUGAAAAGUUGCACAGACCUAAAGAUAUUGUGCAAUAUGUGUGUGAUCGUGAAGAUAUUUAUGAUUAA